ACCAUUAAUACACACAUAGCCAUUCAAAGCCUCUUCUUGUUUGAUCAACAGGUAAAAAUCAUGGAGGUUUGCAAGGGUCAAGGCUUUGUGUAUGGGAUUGUAUCAGAGAAGGGGAAGUUGGUGAGUGGCUGUUCAGAUAGUUUACAACAAUGGUGGAUGGAGAAAGUAAGAUUUGACCAAAAUGCUCCUAUUGCCAUUGCUAAAUCCUUGCCCAAAUUAGUAGAGGAGGAGAACAUGUUGGAUCCUAAUGCCUCAUUUAUGUGUCUUCUUGAAGAAUUGCAAGACACUACUUUAAGCUCAAUACUUUCAGCUCUAAUGCAACAUUGUAUCCCUCCACAAAGGAGGUUCCCUUUGGAUAGAGGUUUAGCCCCACCUUGGUGGCCAACAGGGAAUGAACUUUGGUGUGGUGAUCAAGGGUUGUCCCAAGAACAAGGUCCACCACCUUAUAGGAAGCCCCAUGGUUUGAAGAAGGCAUGGAAAGUAAGUGUUUUAGCUGCAAUUAUCAAACACAUGUGUCCUGAUUUAGGGAGGAUGAGGAGAUUGGUGAAUCAAUCCAAGAACUUACAAAACAAGAUGACAGCCAAAGAAACAUCAACUUGGUCUAAAGUUGUUAACCAAGAAGAAGCCCUUCUCAAGUUGACUAGGUCUCUCAAGAUUUCAACAUCCAAAGGAGAAGUAAAUAAGGAUAAUGAAGAUCAAUUAGAUUUUACUUUUGUCCCCAAAAUGUUGACAAAAGAUGACAAGAGGAAGUCCAUUAUCUUUGAUCAUGAUCUUAAUAUGGAGGAUGUAGUGUAUGCAUCCCAAAACAUGAACUGUCCACAAAGUGAAUUAGGCUUGGGAUUUGUGGACAAGAAUUUAAGAAUUGAACAUGAGUCAAGUUGCUCUUAUGGUAAAGUUAAAAGUGAUAACAAAAUAACCAAGAAAGUGCCUAUGACAACAUCUCUAGCUUGAUUGGAGAAACAAAAAAAGCCACAAGAAGAAACGGAAAAUCACUAUCCAACAAGACAUCAUGAACAAAUAUUAAAGAGUUGAAUUAUGAUGCAACAACUAAUAAGAACUUGAAAUACUCAUCAAAAUGAAACUUCAUCACAAGAUGUUCUAAAUCAUGAAGUUGCAAAUUUCUCUAUGGGAUUUGAAUUGUUGAUGAGAGAGAUCAUGUCAUCUAAAUUUCAUCGCGUUUCUUUGGUUAAUUAUCAAUCUAUAUUUCUUUUUCGAUAAAUAAAGCUACGAACAUAAAUAAAAAAUAAUGUGUGAUAUUUUUCGUUUUUUUCCUUGUUCAUGCUAUUUUUCUUUUUAUUUUACAUAAUUACUAAUUAGCUCGUCUAGUCUAAAUGAUUUGAACUAUUCAAUAAGAAUAGGGAUUUUCAAUGCUAGAAAUGCCCCCUAUCUUAACUGGAUCACGACUCAUAGAAUCUAUUCCUACUUGGAGGUUGAGCUAGACCACCUUUGGUCGAGAAGUCGGAACGAAGGCGCUUUCCGGGGAGGUGAGGGUCGUAGACAUGAUAUUUAGAUCACCUUGAGUUGAGAAGGAAAAUAAGCUAUUCAAGUUAGUGAGAGAACGGGACGGGCAAGAUAUGUGUAUGAUCUAUCCUUGGGGAUUAAAAAAAAUGAAAAGACUUCACUUUUUCUUACAUAAAAAAUAUGACAUUUUAUAAAAUCUAAUAAAGAGUAUAUACAUGAGAUUUAAGCUGCUCUUAGAUAAAUACAUAUAUACUUUUUUCUAUUUCUUGGUUUUUUUUUUUGCUUUUCUCUAACCUUUUUAGUUAUAUUAUUUAUAUACAACAAAGGCAUAUACAUAUGUAUGUACUAGCUAGAUUUUUUUCAAUAAUUUAGAGAUGAUUUGAUCUCCUCAAGUUGUUUUUGGAUUUUAGAUUGUCUCCUUAAAGACAACAUUUUCCACUCUAUCAAGAGUAACAGAAAUUUCAUAACCUGCCAAAGUAAAAAAAAAAAGAAGGUAUUAUGCGCAAAACAUCAUGUGUUAUAAUAGG